GCAAGCUCCGCCCCGUUCAUCCUGGAAGUGUUUUUAUUUACAGCUCGAGAUUCUCUUGCUUUCAUCAAUUAAACCGAGUCCGAUCACACCUGGGUCGAGCGGAGGGUAACACCAUGGCCUUUCAGGGCUCUGAGGGACUGGAAGAACAGAUGGAAGACCCGGAAGAUACUCUGAAAGUUUCCCCGGCUGAGGAGAUGCCUGUCGAUGGGCCUCCAGCGGUAGAGGAGCCGCUGCUGCUGCCGUGGGACCGCUUCUCCUCCUGGCUGCACUGUAUCUGUGUGGUCGGCUUCGAUCUGGAGCUCGGCCAAGCUGUGGAGGUUAUCUAUCCUCACCACUCCAGACUCACUGAAAAAGAGAAAACGAGUAUAUGCUAUCUGUCGUUCCCAGACUCCAAUUCAGGUUGUCUCGGGGACACACAGUUCUGCUUCCGUUUCCGGCAGGCCGCAGACAGGAAGUCGUCACUCGGAUGUUUCCUCGACCACUUCGACCGGGAUGCACCGGUCUGUCUCAAGAAAGAUCAGGGCUAUUACUACGGGUAUGUGUACUUCAGACAGGUGCGAGACAAGUCGCUCAAGAGAGGCUACUUUCAGAAGUCUCUGGUCCUCAUCAGCAAGCUGCCCUACGUGACCUUUUUCCACUCUUUGCUGAAGCUCAUCGCCCCUGAAUACUUUGAGAAACAGGAGCCGUUUUUAGAGGCCGCAUGUAAUGACAUUGACCGCUGGCCCACGCCGUGUCCGGGGAAGAUCCUCACGCUCCCCAUCAUGGGUGUGGUCAUGAAGUUGCGAAUCCCCACGUGUUAUGACAAGCCUGGAACGUCUCAGCUUGUCCAGUCCGCGCCGAGUGACAGUCUAGUGUCCAUCGUUCUGCCCACUGUCCAUGAAGUGGAUCUUUUCAGGUGUUUCCAUCCAGUGUUUUUUCAUAUUCAGAUGUUAUGGGAGCUUGUGUUGCUCGGUGAAGCGUUGGUGGUCAUGGCCCCAUCACCGGCAGAAUCUUCAGACACUGUUUUGGCAUUGGUCAGCUGUAUCUCUCCGCUGCGCUACUGCAGUGAUUUCCGGCCGUACUUCACCAUUCAUGACAGUGAGUUUAAGGAAUACACCACUCGAACACAAGCACCGCCUUCAGUCAUUCUGGGAGUUACAAACCCAUUUUUCGCCAAAACUCUGCAGCACUGGCCUCACAUCAUCCGCAUCGGAGACAUGAAACAAGCAGGAGAGAUGGCCAAACAAAUGAAAGUGAAGAAACUAAAAAACCUGAAGACUUUGGACUCAAAACCUGGUGUCUACACUGCAUAUAAACCCUUCCUGAACAAAGACGAGGACAUUAUCAAGCAGCUGCAGAAGGGAGUCCAACAGAAGCGUCCUUCAGCGGCCCAGAAUGCAAUUCUGCGUCGAUAUUUCCUGGAACUUACACAGAGUUUCAUCAUACCACUGGAGCGUUAUGUGGCCAGUCUAAUGCCUCUACAGAAGAGCAUCUCUCCCUGGAAAAGUCCUCCCCAGCUUCGGCCGUUCAACCAGGAGGAGUUUAUGAAGACGCUGGAGAAGGCCGGACCUCAGCUCACCUCACGACUCAAAGGAGACUGGAUCGGCCUCUACAGGCAGUUCCUGAGGACUCCGAACUUCGACGGCUGGUUCAGGAACCGCAGGAAGGAGAUGAUGCAGAAGCUGGAAGCUCUUCAUCUGGAGGCGCUGUGUGAGGAAGACCUGCGGCUGCGGAUACAGAAACACACCGAGGUGGAGACGGUCGACCUGGUGCUCAAACUCAAGGAGAAACUGACUCAGGCCGAGAAGGAUCAGCUUCCUGUCAAACCAGGAACUCUUCCCAAACUGCAGGCCCAUAUCGAGAGCAUCAUCCUGUCUCUUCCUGAGGACCUGCAGGGCAUCCUACACAAACCUCCGAGCCCCUGACCCUCAGCCACAGACACCUGCUAGAUUUCUGCUCUGUUCUCCUCAAGUGCACUUGUUGCUGCCCUUGAACGGACAAUGCUGGCAUUGCCAAAAACCACACAGGAAGUGACUGUGCCUGAGCGUGAGAGGGGCGAAUGUUGGCAGAAUGAUGCACGCGUGUCACGGACACAUUCUGAGUCUCUCUGCUGUAAGUCUCACCGUGUGAGAUUAACAUUCCCUUUGCUUUUAAACAUGAAGAUGGAGUCAGGAAAGAGAGAUCUGUGAAAGAUUGUGCUGUCACACCAGAACAUCAAAUCUGCUUCAUAAGAACACAUCCAGGUCAUCCGUAAGCUCAAAAUCAGGAAAUUAUAGUUUGCAUAAAGUAAAGGAAGCCUAUUUUAAGUCCAUUGAGUCUAAUGUGUUUACAUUCUGUAAUGAUCCUGAGAUUUUCUUAUUCCCAUUUAUCAUGACUUCUUAUUAUUGCGUAAUUUAAUAGAAGAAAAAGAAAACAGAACAGAAAAAAAGCAAAACAAUUACUGAACCAGUAUAAAAAAUUCUAAUUCUGUCAAAAUGAGGUUUGUUGCAUUAUAGUAAUGGAAAUUAAUAUUUUCAUGAUAAUUAAUAACAUUUACCCCAGAGUUUUCCAUUUAUUUUUUUUUCAUUGUAAUUAAAUAUAUGCAUAUAUAUAAAUUGCAUAUAUAUUAUAUGCAAUUUAAAUUUAACAAAAUUCAAUAAGACUACAUUUACAAUAUAUACAUUUAUAAAUGUCCAAUUUAUAUUGUGGCAAUGCCAAACUGCCAUUUAUAUUAUAUUUUGAAAUUUAGAAUAUUUUUUUAUUGUUAGCAUGAAAAUUAAACCAGUUUCAGUUUUCAUAUUUUUUAUUUUUUUAUACACGUUGAAGUAUUAAAUCGUUAAAUAUUAUUUCAGUAAUUAUUUUUUUAUUUAAUUUUUUACAUCAAGUUAUAAUGCAGUAAUCAGAAUGAUCCUGGAUGGUGAGAGUAAGAAAAUAUAAAAUUCUUAAUAUUAAUGGUGCUAAAAAUAGGCUUUUAUUUACACUUUUGUAUUAUUAUUAUUGUAGUUUGUGGCAAAAUGUUCCCUGGAAAUGUUUUCUUGAAAGUCAUGGGUGUUUUGAGGUAUGGUGUUCAUUGAGAUACUAUUGCAAUAACAUGUCUGUUUUACAGAGACAACACUACAAACCUGUAAAUGAUGAUGAUGAAGAGAGUGAAUAUAUUUUUAAUCUUUACGAGCUCAGUAAGCACAUUAUUGCAGGUGUCUGGCAUUAAUUAACUCUCAUAAUGAAGGCAAACCCAGCGAAGACCAGUGCUGUUUUAUAUGUAUUUAUUUUCAUUUUAAUUCAUAAACUGACUAAACAAAAAAGGGAAAAUAGCCAUCGUCUUUUCUUUCCCUUGCCACCUUCACUGACCUGAACUGAAAGGAUUAGUCUAGUUCUUUAAAUAUCAAUGCAUUGUGGUCUUCCUUCGAUUUCAAUAUCAUACACACAUCGUCAUUCACAAAAUGAUCCUGUACUGUAUACUUACACACACACUAUAGUCUUCAAAUACAGCCUUUCUUCACCCACGCUUGACAUAUUAAGGAGAAAAUGGUUUGUUUUGCAUUUUCUGGUGCCUUUAGUUUUCUGAUGCUUGCUUGAUUUGAAUGAUUCUGCUUCUCUUUUAGGACCAAGUAUGUAGUUUGGCAAUGCUUUAAAGUCACGUGACAGGAUGAAAUGCAUUUUAAGUGAUUGUUUGAGCUUUAGUGAGAGCUUCUGUUAGUUGCACUUUAUCUGUCGAAUGCGUCAAGCAUCAGAUGACAUGCUAUUUCUCUCUACUCAAUAUGUGCAUAACCAUGACAUUUCUGUGGAUUGUAGGAUGCUGGUUCUGUUUUGUCACAGCAGAGAAUCAUGGGACGCCUUCCAGACGUAGUUUCUGGUGCAAACCUGUGAAAACUGGUUGUUGGGCAACCAUUGGCGUUUUAUAUUUGAAGGACAACUUUAUUUUAACAUGCUUGAAUUUUAUAGAGGUAUAUUCUAAUACACAAAUAACGGAUAGCUUUUGACACGACGCCUGUUUGUAAUACUGAUGGAUAUUUCUAACAUCUGUAUUUUUGAUCUGCUCAUUUAUAUUGGUAGUUAAUGUACAGGAUGUUUUGUGUGUUGCUGUGCUGAUUAUUAUAGAAGGAUAUAAAUGGAGAUUUUUGUAAAAGAAGUAAACGUGUGCACCAAACCACAGUCCGAUGUUUCAGCAUAAACAAUAUUUUUCUAUCAAACCAUUAACCGCUAAUGUUUAUUAUUUACUGUUGAUGCAUUACGCAAAGUAGCUUUUCAAUAGAAAGUAUUUCACUAUUGUUACCCUCAUGAAGAACAAGUAUAGUUUUUUUAUUUCAGGAGUAAAUAAAUGUCAGUAAUGGA